GAGCAGGAUGGCUGGAUCUGACUUUUACUGUAGGUAAAACACAACUCCAUGUGUUUGUCUGUCUGCCUAUCCACUGGACUGAGUUGGAGUUUGAACUUUUCCGUUUUGUCUUCUUGCUCUUUUGCGAUUGACCUGUCUUUGUUUUUUUUUUUCUGUGUCAGUUUUGUCUCGGUGGUUGGGACUUUAACUUUAAAAACUUACCUUCACUGCAAAAGCCUGAAAUAAAAUGGUUCCUUUGUGUUUGUAGAACCUUUGUUGAAGGGACCAGUUCUCACACCUUUAUUAUGGGAACUGUUUAUCUGGGUCAGUUUGUGUUCAGACUCUUUCAGAGAGGUGUCGAUUCACUUGUGUGGUCACUGGGGAGGCUGCAGUUUGCUGCUGUUCACCUGGACUGGGCUAUACAGGGAGCUGCUUCUGGUGUUUAGCCUCCAUAAAUGUGCUGGGAGACAUCCAGACUCGAGCCUGACAUAAUAUCAGUGAAAACAUCACAUGACUCAAUGUGUUCCAGCUUUUCCUAAUGCAUGUGCAGGAGUCAGUGAGGGAAACUGCAGCACUGUGCUGAGUACUGCUGAGUACCGCCGUGUACCGCUGGGGGAGCUGAUAAUCAUCUGUGACCUUUGACCCCCCCCCCCAACCUUCAGAGUCAUCUACCUGAGGGGCGGGGCCCGAGGAGCCCAGAGUCCUCACAACGGCAAUGACCUCCUCCCUGGCCGGCAGAGGGCUUGGUUUGGUCCUGGUGGAGUUUGAGUACGAGUACCAGGGUCGGGAUGGAGUGCUGGUCUCCAUCAAACCCAAUGAGCGCUACGUCCUGCUGGCUAAGACCAAUGACCACUGGUGGCAGGUCAGAAGCGACAACAGCUCUAAGCCCUUCUACAUCCCAGCCAAGUAUGUCAAGGAGCUCCCAGCGGACUUCCCCUCACCCCUGGACUUUGCUGAUCCACCCAUUGCUGAACCAGUUGCGGUUCCUGUGGCUGCACCAGUCCCAGUCCCUGUUCCUGUCCCUGUUCCAAAGGCUCUGGAGGAGCACAGUGGGACCAGAACUAAACCAGUGGAUGAGGUAACAAUCCGACUCAGACCUGAUGCUUCCACCGGGCACCGUAAGAAUGAGAACCGCAUGUCAACAUUUGGUGUCCCGAUGGAUUUCCAUGACCUGUCACAUCUGGUGGUGCCAGCACCACGACAUCCCAGCAUUCCUCCAGCUGGUCCCAUGGAGAUUGGGACCACAAUGACCAGCAAGACUACAAACAUAGCGGGUGGUGGCCAGAACAAAAAGCCCCACUUGCUGGGGGUCCUGGACAGCAAGGAUUCAGGGAAACCUCAAGUUCCUAGUUUCAGUCCAGCAGACACUCUGUGCACAUCCCAGCCCCAGACCCAGCCCAAAUCCCAGACCCAACCCAUCCCAGUUGGGAAGCUGGUGGUGCCUGUGGUCCCCACAGUCCCCACAGUCCCAGUUGUCCCUGUUUGCCCCACGGUCCCUGUGGUUCAAGUAGCCCACCCCCUCAACGAUCCCCACAGCAUAUCCUCACCUUCUGAAGGUUGUCAUGACAACCAGGACUCCCCAAUAGAGCCGGAGGAAGAGGAGAUAAUCCUGGAGGAGAGCAGUGAGGAGGAGGAUUCACUGAAGGAGGAAAAUUCAAAUCACAUCUAUGAGUCCAUCCAGGACCUGAACUUGGACCUGGGAGCUCUGGCUGGAGGAAGAGUUAGUCCAGCACCACCUGAACCUUCACCAGCAUCAGCACCAGCACCACCUCCGACACAGAACCAAAGCUCUCUCGGCCCUAACUCGCCCAUCUAUGCUAACGUGUCCAGUCUGAGGAAAACGACAGUCCCUGUGAUCUCCAUUGCCCCGCCUCUCCCAGACCCCGCCCCCUCUCCUCCAAGUCACACCCCUUCCUCAUCAGUCUCCUCCUCCAGUAUGAUAAGCCCUGCCUCCCCCCUCAGCCCACAGGAUGGAUGGCAGCCGCCGCUGCCGGAGGAGGAUUACCCCGUGGAUGGACCAGGUGACAACAGUGAUGCUGUCUUCGCAAUGCUUCCACCUUUGCCCCAGAGGGUGAUGGGAAAUGGAGUUUCUGAGGAAAGGUUGUUGCUGCAGCCCAAGACCUGGAGACACAAUGUGACUCAAGAGACUCAGGACUCGUUUGCUGUCGGCCACAGGAGGAACAUCUCUGACCUCACUGAGGUGUCCAGUAGAAGGCCGUCCCCUGACAAUCCACAGCUCUCUGAUAGGCACAGACUGAAGAGGAACCUGUCCAAUCGGAGCACAGACUCCCACCAGAAGCACGGCCACCUGCUGGAGAAAGCAGGAAUCAUCAAUAAGACUAAAGUAGCAGAUCAUGGCAAACGGAUGAGGAAGAACUGGAGCCAGUCCUGGACCGUCCUCCACGGUGGGAUCCUCACGUUCCACAAAGACCCCAAAUCGGCUCCGACUGGGAAUGCUAUGAAAGCAUCACAAAUUGUUACAGAAUACACUAUUGAUCUGAAGGGAGCUUCAGUCAGCUGGGCAUCCAAGGACAAGUCCUCCAAGAAGAAUGUUCUCGAGCUGAAGACUCGUCAGGGCUGCGAGUACCUGAUACAGUAUGACACAGAGAGCAUCAUCUGUGACUGGCACAAAGUGAUCCAGGACGCCAUCCGACAGCUGGAACAGGAGCAUCUGACAGAGGACGAGGACGACGCUGCUUCAGACAAAGAGGACAAAGACAGGAAGAAGACCUCGACUUCAUCGGGUGCUGCCGACUCUGAGCAGAGACGAGUGCGGACCAAACUUCGACGGUUCCUCCAGCGCAGGCCAACGCUGCAGAGUGUUAAAGAGAAAGGGUACAUCAGAGAUAACAUGUUCGGCUGCCACCUGGACACCUUGUGUCACAGAGAAAACACCACCGUCCCCAGGUUUGUGGAGAAGUGUAUCCGAGCAGUGGAGAGGAGAGGUCUGGAUGUUGACGGGCUCUACAGAGUUAGCGGAAACCUGGCUGUUAUCCAGAAACUGCGACACAAAGCUGAUCACGAGGAGCAGCUGGACCUGGAGGACGGACAGUGGGAGGAGAUCCACGUCAUAACUGGAGCCCUCAAGCUUUUCCUGCGGGAGCUUCCGGAGCCACUGUUUCCCUUCAGCUGCUUUGACAAAUUCAUCGCUGCCAUCCAGGUUCCGGACUACAACCUGAGAGUCUCCUACAUGCAGGACCUGGUUCGUUCUCUGCCUCUGCCAAACCAUGACACCAUGGAGCUGCUGUUCAAACACUUGCGCAGGGUGAUCGACCACAAGGACUCCAACAGGAUGUCGUUUCAGAGCAUCGCCAUAGUGUUUGGACCAACGCUACUUCGCCCCCAGAUCGAGUCACCUGACAUGACGAUCCACAUGGUGUUCCAGAGCCAGAUAGUAGAACUCAUGCUCAAGGAGUUCCAGACCAUUUUUUCCCACAGGUAGGAGGAACCUCCUGGAGCUCCUCUGGACCAGAACCCUCUGAGCACCUCUCGGGGGCGUGUGGAGCAUCAUGAGAACUACCAGAAAUCUUCCAGAACUCCCUAGAACUUGAGAUGUAAAUAUCAAAUAGACGUUUGCAGGCAACUGACCCUGGAACUUGCUGAUUAGAUGUUGACACCUUCUAACCACUGUGUCAUAAAUGGUCCAAGUAGAACAAAAAUAACCCUGGACUGGUUUUAAACCUUUGACAACAGCUUUACUCCUCAUAAAGCAACAGACCAAAUGGAACAUAUAUUCUUGAUACCUUAAAAACCGCAACAUUAUACUUUGUACCAGACCUCUUCCAACAAAUUCCAGUUCCAUGUAGAACCUCCUACAUUCACUACAUCACUUGUCUCGGGGCACUUUACAUCAUCAGGUCUAGACCUUACACCACCAAGCCUUCAAAGACUAAGACAGAACCCGAGUGGAACCAUCCAAAGUCCACGACAGCAGCUUCAUUUUCAUUUUCAAGGUGAUGGACCAAACACAACACACACUAAGAAACCUCUACAGUUUUUCAUUUUAAGCAGGAUCUGACCCAACAACUUCCAGACUGCUCCAGAAAAACAUAACCUCACAUGUUCUACAGACAUGUUCAUUUAGAUGGGGUUGAAUGUAGAGCCUGUUGAGCACAUUACAACCAGCAGACUAUCAAACCUUAAAUGGCCCAAGUCUAACCUGAAUGGAACCAUGAAGAACCCUGGACUGGCUCUGAGAUCCCUUUGACCCCUUGACACAGAGACAUGAGACAAACUCGCUGGGCACUUUAUACACACACCUUUAGAAGUCUAGACCUCCAUGUCCAGUCUGUCUCUGGAGAUUCCGCCUGUGCCUUCUGCUUUUAAAAACUCCAAGGUUCCAGGUGUGUUGGUAUUUGAAGGUCAUUCAGCAGAUAAAUACCCCUAU